AUGAUCUUAAAAAUUAGAUAACUCUUUUCUACGAUAGCAGAGCCAGUCUCAGGAGGCAGAUAAUGGUUGAAGUUCUUUCAAAAUUCCACUGGCAUACAGAUAAACAUUGAAAGGAGUUUGAAAAACGAAGCUGUAUUCAUUUUUCUAUAUCAUAGUCUGAAAAUCUCAAUUAUUAUGUUCGCUAAAAUUAUAAGACUUUUAACUAAGAAUAGUUGUUUCAAGCGUAUAUUAAAAAGGAUUUACAGUUCGAAAUUUAAAAAUAAGUGUAAAUGGAGGUCUUAGAGAGAUUUGUAGCUGAUUAAAUGAAUUUUAGUGAAAAUAUGCUAAUUACAUAUUUGAACAAAGAAGCUUAAUUGUUGCCAGCCUAUUAUUCAGUAAUAGCAUAAAACCUGCUUUUAAAUGGCCUCAAAAUCUUUGAUUAACUAAAUAUCUAUUAAUAGAUAGAAUACAUGAGACUAUCCUUAUAGUCAGGUCUGUUGCAUCCAGAUAUACUUUAGAAAUUCUUUCAAAAUCUAAAAAUAGAUGAUCAAUUCAUAGAUUCUUUAUCAUUACUUUAAUUCAGAAACAUAAUGACCUUGUUUGAAUAUUGUGCAAUUUCACCCUAUGAAUUGGGAUUAUAAGCAGGGUUCAUAGAUUACUUAUUUAAUAAAUACAUAUAAAAAUUAAGCAAUUUUGAACUUGUGGCAUCAGAAAUAAUGAAAUAUGAAUUUUCUUAACUCAUGAUAAAUAAUCAUUUAAGUUUUUUGAGUGAAGAAUAAUACUCCGAGAUUAAGAUUGCUUAUGCUAAGAUGUAAAUAAUGUAAUCUAUAUUUAAUAAGUCUUGAGAAGAUGUUUAACAAGAAUUAUAAUUUUAUUGUACAUCGAAAUUUGAACAGUAAGGAUGUUGCUAAGAAAUUGUUAUGGGUUUAUUCCCCUGACGAUUUCAAAUUAAUCCAAAAGCCUCUUAAUCAUAUAAUUACAAAUACUAUAUAUUAAGGAGAAUUCAAGGCCGAUCAUGUGAUAUAUGCAUUGCCAUGUAAUUAUAAAUCAUAUCAAUUAUUAGUAUAUUUUAAAUACUUCUCCCCAUAAUUAUACUACAUAUCAUUAAAGCAAUGCCAAAAAUCAAGUUCCAUCUACAAAACCUCAAAGAAUGAUAUAAAAUAAAUCAUGUAUUUAUUGAAUAGCAAUUCUCUAAAAGGGUUUCGAUCAAUAAUGAGUGAUCAAACUAUGCUUGACGAUGCUGAUAAUUUUAUCAGGAAUACACUCAUAAAUUACCUCACAAAUGUUAAAGACGAGGAGUUGUUGAUUUUUGAAGAUGCCUUAAAUCCAAAUAUGGAAUAAGAAGCAGAUUUUGAAUUCAAUGAUGCUGAAUAUUCAGAAAUCCUACCAUACUAUUAAAAUAAUAAUAAAAAUUUAGAAACCUAAAAUCACAUUAACUAAAGAUAAUUCAUAACUAAUUUAACCCAGAAAUUCAAUGUAUUAUAAAUUACUUUGCAUAAAAAUGGAUUCUAAAGAAUAUCUUAUUCCAAAACGAAUAAGAGGGUUUCAAUUUUAGAACCCAUGCUCAAUUACAUAGAAACUUUGUAUUACACAUCUAUUUUAGUACCUGACUUCUAGCCAUAGACAAAAGUUUUUAAAACACCACAAAUUCUUAAAUUAAUCAAUAAUCUCAUUUAUCUACCUAAUCUAUUGGAACAUCUAGUUUAGGUGAACCAAAUUUGGCCUAAUUUAUUCAAUGAUGAAUUAAAAUCAAUUAUAAAUACUAAUAAAACAAAGAUAGAUGAAAUCUAUAAUACUUGUUAAGACAGUCAAGAAUUCAUUGACAAAGUUGAAUAACAAAUUAAGAAGAGUGAGCUGGAGAAAUCUAGAAAGUAACAAUAUAGAAACAGAACAUAUCAAGGAUUUUUGUAGAUAUUCAAUUUUGUUCGUCCCAAACCUCACAUUAAGCUGUCUCCCAUUUUGAAAAACCCAUUUGAAGAGUUUACAAUUGAGGAAACCUAUUCAAAUCUAGAAAGGAAUUUGUAUUGGAAACUGUCUCAAAGAAGUGAAAAUGUGAUUUAGCAUACUCAUUUUAAGGAAUUAGUUUGGUAAGCACUCAAACUUGAUAAAAAUUAAUGGAUGAUGAAUUAUAGUGAUUUCCCUCAUCUUGCUGAUUUUGCUUGUCCAAAGCAGAAGGUGGUAGUGUUUUUAGAGGAGUACCCUCGUUUAAUUAGAGGAUUGCAUAAAGUUUACACAGCAGACACAGAAAGGGCAGCUGAAUAUUUCUCUAGACUUGGAUAUCAAGUUGUGUUUAUAGAUUAUAACGUGUAUCAUCCAGACACUGAGUAGUUAUUGAACAUAUUGAAAUAAAAGUUUGUAUUUCGUUAUAAUUGA